AUGCCUUCUGACGUCCAGGUCUUCGUUCGCUUCAAGGAGCAAUGUGUCUUCGCAGGUGAAUUAAUCGAAUGUGUCAUAACAUUUACGAAUGUUGCGGAAAAUGCAGAACCUCCCACACCUGGCGCGGGUGGUUACAGGCACACGAAGCGCAAUAGCAUUAAUCAGUUAGCGGCUGCUCAGGCUGCAGCACUCAAUACACGUCUAGCACCAGGAGGACGAUUGCAUAAUGCGAGAUCUCCAAGUGCUGUGCGGGAAGAGCGCCCUCGAGUUAAACAUCAAAACUCUUACUCGAUGAGCAUGCCUUCAACACCGAUACCACGAGGCCCUUCGCCUUCAAUUGAAGUGCAAUCAACCACAGCAGAAGAGAGCCAACAGCAUCACAGAUCUGUCUCGAUCAUCUCCGGUGCUCCGCCGACAUUGCCUUUGUCUCCUGACGAUGCAAUUGCAACGCGACCCAAGCUUGGCGGGCAUAGGAGAUCGUCUACUGUGACUAUCGCUGAGAACACCAAAAAUGCCUAUCUUCCUGGUCGUCAAUCCUCGUUGGAGUGGAGAGCGAGCCGAUCUGCGGGUCGAAGAAGCCCAUUGUCUGCAUCUCACUCUCCAUCAGACCCUGAGCGUGAGCCCAACCCAGAUUUCAAGUUUCCUGCCGGUCGAUCAAGUCCACAACCUGAUCACUUUCGAACGGCGCCGCCUUCGGCCAUGCCUAAAGUCAAGCAUCGACGUGAUAUUUCAACCGCUAGCCGAGCCACUGACAGAACGAGUAUGGACCUAUAUUCACACAGCAAUCAUUCUGGCGAGACACUGAUGUCAGAGCAAUUUCCAAUGGUUUCGGAGCGUCAGACAGCACGAUCGCGAGUGCCUAGCGAACUCAUCCGUCAGCACUACAAGAUGGGUCCACCUCCUCCACGAAAGCCACAGGCUACCACACUACUGAUGGGCUAUGCUCAGAUUACCUCGACAUUCACUUUGGAUGCAUCUCUCGUGGAUCAGACGCCGUUCGAGGAAGUCAAGCGAAGAGGCUUCUUAGGUGGUCAAUCUGGUGGUGGGGUUGUUGGAGUCAAAAAAAAGACUCGUCCUAGUAGCGGUCUGUUUGGUGGCUUUAACUUCGCAAGCAUUGGCGAGUCUCUCGAAAGCAUUAUAGGUGGUGAGAGUUCUGGCGUCAAGGAGAUGAAAGCUGUUACAAACUCCCGGGCUAUACCACUAUUAUCAACGCCACAGUCUCUCCUCUUCGUGGAUCUACAUCUUGAGCCUGGAGAUGAGAAGAGCUUUUCUUUCAGCUUCAGACUCCCUAGAGGCUUGCCUGCGAGCCAUAGGGGUAAAGCAAUCAAGAUAGUGUACAAUAUGACUAUUGGCAUUCAGGGUGCUCCAGGCGUGCAACAACAGGUCUCUGACGUACGACAAGUCAGCGUACCGUUUCGAGUCUUUCCUGGAGUCGACGGUGAUGGCGAGAUCUUGGGUCACGACCUUAUGCAGCCUCAUGUAAUACUGAAAGACCUCGCAAUGACACGACAAGUCGAUGACGACGAGCAGGAAUAUGCAAUCAAGCAGCCUACCACGAACGAAAUAGACGCGUCAAACACUAAAUUCCUUGAAUUCGUCGACUCGCUUCUUGAUCGAAACCGGCGAAGACAAUCAAGCAGCAGUAUCAUGAUGGAAUCGCUCAAAUCCGCAGCAGGUAACAUCGGCAGCACACAAAACGAAAUGCUAAAAGCAAUUGAUCACGCAAUUAUGACAAGCAAUCACAUUGGUGUUGCCUCAGACACCUCAACCAGUCCAAACAGAUUCGAGAUUGCUAGUGGAGGUCGGAGAAUUGCUGUGGUCACUAUCGAUAGGCCUCUCCACCGACUAGGAGAAGAAGUCAAUGUUGUCGUCGAUCUCUCAAACAGCGAAGUUGUGUGUUCCAGCCUUCGAGCAACUCUAGAGACCUGCGAGAGAGUGGACCCAAGCCUAGCAGUCAGAUCAGCAGCAACCAUUACCCGCGUCACUCGGAAGAUAUAUGUCAGUCGUGCCGAGAAUGUUCUCCUUGCUCAACGUUCAGUCUUUGCACCCACUAUACCAGUCUCUGGCAGCCCCACCUUUAUGACCACUGGUGUCAGUUUGGAUUGGUACAUCAAGCUCGAGUUUGGCACGGUGAGGAGCCACGAAGAAGUUGAGGCUCAACAGGAUGACGGCAAUCCGGCUACUAACAUCAAGCCUUCUCUGUUAGAAAACAUCCUGGAGGACGAGAGAGGGAUAGUGUCAGUAGCAGUGGAAAGUCUUGAUUGCGACACGUUCGAGGUGUCUAUUCCUAUCACAGUAUAUGGUGACGUGGUUCAAAAUGGCUCCAUCAAUACAAACGACAUUCAUGGAGUGCCAAUUUGA